CAGUAUAAACUACCAUGUUGCUACUUCACAUCCAGCACGCAGUCCUCCCACACCAAUGCGUAGAUGGCGCUGAGCGACAGCCAGGUUUCCUCCUCCUCCUUCCCGGAGAUCGUCGAGUUGAACAUCGGAGGACAGAUUUACACGACUCGGCUGGAGACCCUAAACGCGGUCCCAAACUCCCUGCUGUGGAACACCUUCUCUCAGGGAUCUCCCAAGUUCGCAGCCAGGGACAGCGGCGGACGCUUCUUCUUCGACCGGGACGGCUUUUUGUUCCGCUACAUCUUGGAUUAUUUAAGGGACUCGAACUUCGUUCUGCCGGACUCGUUCAGAGAAAGGGGACGCUUACAAAAAGAAGCAGAUUUCUUUCUUCUGCACGACUUCUCCAAGCGCCUCGAUGGGGACAGCGAAGUGGACAGCCCCCACUCUGCCGUGUCCGCUGUCAGCCCAGUGGUUGGGCCCCUGGGGAACCCACUCGGGGUCCGAACUGGUUACGUUACCAUCGGUUACCGGGGUACGUAUACCAUCGGACGGGACUUCCAAACCGACGCAAGGUUCCGGAGAGUGGCCAGGAUUACAGUUUGUGGUAAAAUCUCCUUAGUGAAGGAGGUGUUUGGGGACACAUUGAACGAGAGUCGCGACCCCGACCGCCCCCCGGACAAGUACACGGCCAGGUACUACCUCAAGUACAACUUUCUGGAGCAGGCGUUCGAUCAAUUGGCGGAAACUGGACUCCGCAUGGUGGCUUGUAGCUCCACCGGUACGUGCGCCUACACCAGCAACGACCCCAACGAAGACAAGAUCUGGACCAGCUACACCGAGUACGUUUUCUCCCGGUGAAGACCAGAAUGUAGCACAGUUUAUAUUAGAUUUAUCAUCGUUGAUUGAACUUUAAGAAGACAAAACAUUUCGUGUAAGGCGGGUUGCUCGAAGACGUAGGCUAUAUCGUUAGUAGCCUAUUUGUUUGGGUAUCCGUUGGCAACCGUCCAAGAUCUUGAAGAAAACGUCAAACGGUUAGCUAGCUGUGGUUCUUUAGUCUAAAGGUCGUAACAUUUAAUUUUGGCCGCACGACAGGUAGUCUCGGUAAAAUAAAUAAAGUCUAACUUUUUACUAAUAGUGAGUUAAGGUGACAGUUCGUCUUAACAAAACUUUCUAUUAGUGAAUGAAUACGGCCGUUAGUUUGGCCACCGGCCGUUUUUCCUGAAGAGAAAUUAAUAGCAUGCCUAGAUGGCUUGAAUCUGGACGCCAAUGUUUAUGCUUAUUGGUUUUAAAAUGAGUUAUUAUCCAGUUAUGAAUGUUGUUCUUAAGAGUUUUUUGUCUAUUCUACCUAAUGUCAUUGUUUUAAAUCUGUUGCUGAAAUAAAGUCAUAACAAAAUCUCA